AUGUGUAUGGCUUUUGAGCAUUUUGGUGACGUUGUUACAUUUGACACAACAUAUAGGACAAACAAGUAUCAGAUGCCUUUUGCACCUUUUUCUGGGGUUAAUCACCAUUAUGGAUCGAUACAAUUUGGAUGUGCACUUCUGCAAGAUGAAACUGAACCUACUUUCGUUUGGUUGUUUGAAAAAUGGCUUGAGGCAAUGGGUGGACGCCAUCCUGUAUCAAUAAUUACAGAUCAAGAUGCUGUUAUGUGUUCUGCUGUAAGAAAAGUUUUUCCUGAUACGUGUCACCGUUUGUGCCUUUGGCACAUAAAGAAAAAGUUCGGGGAAAAGCUCUCACAUAUAUAUUUAUCGAAGUCAAAGUUCAAGCGUGCUAUGAAAAUAUGCAUCCAUUGGACAUACAGCAUAGUUGAGUUUGAACAAAUGUGGACCUCUUUAAUCAAAGAAUUUCAUCUCAAAAAUAAUGAGUGGCUUAAAGAUUUGUAUGAAAUACGCGAGGAUUGGAUACCCGUAUACCACCGUAAUACUUUUUAUGCUGGAAUUAAUACUACAGGUCGUAGUGAAGGAGCGGAUACUUUCUUUAAUGAUUUUUUCUCACCAAAAACCAACCUAAGAGAAUUUGUUAUCAGGUACGAUCAAGCAUUAACUAAGAUAGUGGAAACUGAAAUUGCAGAAGAUUAUAUAUCGGAGCACAAGGAUCGUCUUAUCAAUGAGAAUAAUCUAAUUUUGAAGCAUGCUGCAACCAUUUAUACUCGUAACAUUUUCGAUAGGUUUCGUGCAAAAUUUGUGGAUUCAAUUUGCUUUAGGUCUGAAGAGAUAGAAGGCAAGGGGAAUUUCAAAAUAUAUUUAGUCAAAGCUAAUGAAGGACCUGCAAAAUUUACUGUGAAGUUGUUGCUAGAUUCGCUGAAAGAAUACUGUAUUUGUCAGUAUUUUGAGUUUAUGGGAUUACCUUGCAAACACAUUUUGCGAGUGUUUAAUAGACUUGAAAUUGAUGAGAUUCCAUCGCAUUUCAUUGUAAAGCGUUGGUUGAAAUGUGCAAAUUUGUUCAGAGUGAUGGAUGAAACUACCACAUGGGAUAAAUAUGGGUGUGCUGAAGCACUUAGGCUCACACAUUUAUGUCGACUAUCAACAAAAGUGUGGUUUGAUGCUUCAAAAUGUGAUGGUCUAUACAAAAUGGCACUUGAAGGGAUAGAAACAAUUGCUACACAACUGGCACAAGAAUUACGUAAAAGAGAACAGAAUAUUGACGACGUUGUUGAUCAAGUCGAAACUUCAAAUAUUGCAGACCAAACCGAGAAAGUUCAAAUUCAGGAUCCACAAGUAUGA